AUGCUCAACCCUCUCAGCGAUGCAAUAACCUCCACUCUCCAGGUUCAAGUAAUGCCGUGGGAGACUGGGUUUGCUGGGUUCGUCAACAAGGGAUAUAACGGCGUACCAGUGAUGAACGCGACGUACAGGUGUGAAUUUUGGAUGAGGGGCGAGUACUCAGAUGUGAUUACUCUCCAGCUCGUGGGCAUAUCCAGUGAUAUUGUGUAUGCGGCGCACAAUAUGACCGUGAAUAGCACGUCGAGGUCCUUCACGCGUUAUGAAACUACAUUUAAUUCCACUGCGUCCCCCGAUGGCGAUAACGAGUUCCGCUUGUUGUUUGACGGGUCAAAAGUACCGGGCAUGAAGUUGAACUUUGGGUUGAUCCAAUUAUUCCCACCGACAUAUCACUCGAGAGCCAAUGGCUUGCGGGAGGAUCUGACCGCUGUCCUUGAGGACAUGAAGCCAUCCUUUCUUAGAUUCCCAGGGGGAAAUAACCUGGAAGGUCUCCAGACUGACACGCGAUGGGCGUGGAAUCGGACCAUUGGACCUGUUGUCGACCGUCCUGGGAGAGAGAGUGACUGGUUCUAUCCAAAUACUGAUGCGCUAGGCCUGGAUGAAUAUCUAUGGUGGUGUCAGGACAUGGGCAUGGAACCCGUGCUGGCUGUCUGGGACGGGAAAUCGUUCGGCGGCAUCUUGACGGGAUCGGACCUUCAACCCUAUGUGGAUGAUAUUCUGGAUGAACUGGAGUAUCUACUUGGUCCGCCAAACAGCACGUACGGAGGCAUGCGUGCAAGCAAUGGUCGAGAGGACCCAUGGUCCGUUCGGUACAUCGAAAUCGGCAACGAGGACGACUUCUCCGGUGGCUGCAAUACAUAUCCGGAUCGAUUCCAGCAGAUCUAUAAUGCCAUUAGUGAAAAGUACCCGCAGCUUACGAUCGUCGCGUCGACCAUAGACGGACGAUGUCUCCCGGAGGCGUUGCCUGGGAUUAUAUAUGACUACCAUUACUACCGCCGACCGGAUGAACUGGCUGCCAUGUUCGAUGAAUGGGACAACCAGCCUCGAUCCCAGCCUGUCAUGUGCAGCUGCAGCGAGGCCGUCCAUAUGAUCGGACUGGAGAGGAACAGUGACGUGGUCAAGAUGGCAGCAUAUACUCCUCUGCUUCAGCAUUUUGGGUUCACCCAGUGGUCGCCGACCCUGUACGGGUUCGAUUCGGGCCCAGACUCGAUCACGCUGUCGACUUCGUACUACGUGCAGAAGAUGUUCUCGACCAACCGUGGCACGACCAUUCUACCUGUUAAAACCACUGCUGAGUUUGGGCCACUGUACUGGGUUGCUUCGAGAGCCAAUAGCACAUACUACGUCAAGUUGGCGAACUAUGGCGAGGAAAAGCAAACAGUCCAUGUGCAAGUGCCGGACACUCGGUCGGGGAGACUGGAGAUGCUCUCAGGGCCCCGGGAUGCUAGCAACCGGCCGCACAAUAUCACUGUCCAGCCUAGUGUGCAGAAGGUGACGAACCAGAGAGGGAGCUACAAGUUUGAUAUGGCUGCAUGGGCUGUGGCGGUUCUCGCUGUGUCAUGA